CGAUUACUUAUCAGUACAUCAGAAAAUAAAUUACUGGACAAGUAGUACAAACUUAAAUGUAAUACUUAAGAAAUGGUUGAAAUAGACCAGAGUUUUCAUAUGCUAGGCUAAAGAAAGGCUACAUAAUACAUACUGUAACAUACAAAUACUAAAUAGUAGCGGGUGGAGUUAACUAGUCUAGAACUAGAACUACACUUUAAGUAAGUCAGUUAGUAGUUAGUAUUAUAUUUUAUAUUAUAAUUAAUACUAUAUUAUUUAAUUUUCUUAUCAAAGUAUUAUAUUUUAUAUUAAAAUUAAUACUAUAUUAUUUAAUUAUUAUUUACUAGUAUAAUUUUACUAGUAAUAGUAAUAGUAAAUAAUUUGAAUUAUUUAAAUUUGAGUAAUUUAGGCUAUUACUUAAUUAGGCUGUGGCUAGUCGGACCAAGUAUUAGAAGUGAGAGUUUGGGUUUAUUAAAAAAUAUUUAAAAGGUAAAUGUGAAGAGAUAGCACACCGUUUUUUUACUUUGGUUGCCGCAACCCGGGAACUUAUGUCACAAAUGUAUCCCUAAACCUAACCUGAACCCUAAAUCUAUACCUAAACCUAACCUGAAAAUAUAUGACUGAUGUUUGUAAACUUAGUUUGUCGGUUUAACAAAAAUAAACUACCACUAAUGACAUCUGAAUAGCAUUUAGUUUAAAGGGACCCGGGUACGCGUAGCCGCUAAUGAAGCCAAAUUUACUCAAUCGAUUUUUCUUUGCAGAAUAUUACCUUCCAGCCAUGGCAGGAAGAGGAUUAGUAGAGGGAGAGUGCGGUGGGCCAAACUCUCUUGUAAAGCUCUCUUCACAUUUCAUACAAGAUCAUGGUUUCAAGCAGGUAACUUCGCAUUAAAUACAUAUUAAAAUGCACUACAGUAUCAUUCAUUUUUCUGUAUUAACUCUCUAACUGAAGUUUCUAGUAAAAUAUUGGAAACAGGCUUGGUCGAAAUGUUGAAAUAAUGCUAAAAUAUAGAUUUAAAUAUGAGUUAGGCCUAUAUUUUAACAAUAAUUAGUGCAUUUAAUAUUUUUUAUUGAUAGUAAGCAGUAAGCACUUAACUAUUUGCUAGCAGGUUGUAUAAUUUUUGCAAAAUGAAUGAAAUAGUGAAACGAGGUAUGUGGAAGCUUGAAAUAAGGUAACAGGACAAAUAACAAGGACGUUUCGGCAUAAAGCCUUCUUAGGCGGUGAGACGAAUGAAUACUGCUUGAGUUUUCUACUGUGUUCUUUUCUUUGUUAUAUUUUCAUUUCUAUUGUUGGCUGAGGAAGGCUUUAUGCCGAAACUUCCUUGUUAUUUGUCCUGUUACCUUAUUUCAAGCUUCCACAUACCUCGUUUCACUAUUUCAUUCAUUUACAUAGCUUGAAAGCAGUCCCUUCAUUUAUUAAUUUUUGCUAGCAGGUUGUAUAAUUAAAGUAUUAACGGCAAGCUUCAGGGGGUUGAUUUCUGUGACAAAUUGGCGAAAUGUGCUUUUAUUAUUUGUUGGUGGCUUUGACUUUGUGGCAUUUCUGAAAGUAAAAGAAAUUUCUGCUUCUAACCCUUUUCUCUGAUGGCUAACGAUUACAAGAAUCAUAGAAAGAAAUUUAUUAGCUACUUUCAUUGCAGAUUGGUGAAGAACUGUUUAAAAAUUUAUGGAAAAGGUUAAUCUUUAUCAAUAACUCCAUAUUAUAAAUUUAAUAGGUGACUUAAAUUUUUUAUUAAAAAAAACAAUAAUAAAUUAUAUUUUGAUUUGUAUCAAAUUACAAUAUUUUAUGCUAUCAGCUAGAAAAAAAUAUUAAAUUCCAUUAUUUUUGUGUAAAGAAAUAAGAUAAUAAUUUUCAAAACUGUUAACCUUAACUAGAACACUAUCAGUCAAUGUUAUUAAAAUGUUCAAAAGUUUAAGUCACUUAGAAAUAUAUACAUAUGUGUGACUUAUUAUUGUUACAGAAACUCUUUUGUUAGAUUUAUUAGUGUCUCGCUUUAAAAAAGAACAAAAGAAUUUGUGUAUUCCUUUUGCAGGAAGGUUAUGGUGCCACAGGAAGAUUCCCACCACAAAAGCCAUAUGAGGUAGGUUUUUUAUUGAUUCGAAAGAAUGUUGUUUGUGUCUUAUGAGAAAGGUUUCUUAUUGCUUUCCAAGAACGUUUGUUUAUGGUUUGGCUGGAAAAUUAAUGCAAAUUUGAUACUGUCAUUGCCUGUCAUGUGAUAUUUUCAUCAUACUGUGGUUCAAACCAUUUCUGAUUGGCUGGUUGUUGUCUAGUAGCUUUCACCGCAAUGCUCCUAAAAGCUUGAGGUAUUCCUCCAAGGACACUUAGGUUUGUAUCAAUGUAGAAGCUAAGUGAAAUUCAGAUUUGCAGUAACUAUUGUCAAGCUUAUUAGCUGCUGAACUGUUUGGAAUUUAGAAUUUGAACUUCAUCACAAGUUCUGGAUUAUUAAUACAAGAUAUGCCUACAUACAACGUUAAAUUGAAGUUUUAAACUUCAACCUUUUCCUGAGUUUACAUGUUUGAAAUGAUUACAGUUAUAAAUAAUUAAUUUUUCAUAUUUAUUGUUAAGACAAUACCAAAUACAUUGUUUGUGUUCACAGAUUAACAGAACACUUGGUCAAAUUGCUACCGAUGAGGUAAUUGUUCUACCUUCUUUAAGUAAUGUACUAUUUUAAAAAAAUAUAACUAAUUUUUUUAAAGGAGUUUAUGAAUAUUUUUACAGCAGUGGUACAAAACUUUAAGGUGCCACAACCCAAGAGUUAAUAGAUAAAAUAUUUUAAAUUUUAAAAUAAUAAAUAUAACUAUUACCGUUGAAUAUAAAAAAAUUGUAUUUAACAAUGUUUACAUUAUAAUUUUCAGCCCCUGUUUUAUUUGGACUACAUUUGUAAUAAAAAGGAUCAUCAGCACUGCUUUAGUGAUUCCUUAUUGUCUUCUUCUUCUCAAUAAGAAAAUAGAUUUUAAUUAAUUAAAAGUAAUGUAUUUUCCCAGCCAAGUUAAAGAGAUAAAAAUCUUAAGCUAAAGUCCUCCAGCUGCAAAUUACGCAAAAAAUGUUGUUUGUAUCUCUCUCUCCAGCUGGUCAGUGAAUAUCUUUCAAGUCACCAAACUGCAAUGGCACCACAAACAUUUCACAUGGGGAGCCUGCUCCAAGAAAUGAGAGAAAUUGAGGGGGCUGAAAUGAUUCACGCACCACAGCGAGGUAAAGAGACCAAUCCACCUGAAAAUUGUCAAAUUUAUACAGCACAAAAUAGUUUAUAAUGAAAUUACAAUAUAUGCAAAAGGUUAUGGGCUAAAAAAAAGUAAUACAAUCAUUUUGGAAAAUGUACAAUAUACCUGCUAGUUAGUUGUACACUUGAGAUGCCUAAAGGACAUUGUAUUACAAUGCUACCACAGUUAAAAUUUAAAGACAUUUGUGAGGUGUUCAUUAGUGGAAGUUGAUGCACUGUUUUUCUGUUAACUAUGAUACAAUGUUGUGUAAUUUUAUGCUGAACAGAUUGUUCCUUAGCUACAGUUACUUUAAAAUAGUUCAACCUAUUCAACUUACUCAAAUUUCAGCUCCAGGCAUAGCCGAGCUGGCCUCAACAGCCAACUGGGCAGAGGAGUUCCUAAACACAACAGCCAUCAGCAACACACAUUUGUCAGGCGGUACUGACCAGUGGGCGGCCGAGUAUGACCGACUGCGAGGCGGGGAAGAGAUAAAAUGGGCCCAUGAUUAUCUUGAAAAUGAGGACCACGGGAAACUCGCAUCUGAGUUUUUAGGUCAGCUGGAGACAACUGCAUGGUAGGUCACCGACACAUACUAUGUUAUUAGAACAGAGGCAAUUACCAAUUAGACCAUUAAUUUCAAAAUUAUUACACAAUUUAUUACAUCAAUUCUUAAACCAUUCAUUACACCAAUUGUUGCAAACUUUAUUACGCAAUUUAUUACACCAUUACACAUUUUAUUUUAUAUACACCAAUUAUUACACAAUUUAUUACAUCUAUUAUUAAACAAAUUUAUUACACCAAUUAUUACACAAUUUAUUACACCCUUUAUUACACCAAUUAUUACACCAUUUAUUACAGAAGUUAGCCUUUGAUCUAUUCAAGUUCUAUAUCUUAACUUUACAUUACAAUACUGGAUCUCAAGCUUAAUUCAAUGAACAUCCUUUUUGAAGGAAAACUUUAAAAAUCUGGUCCAUUGAUAUGACAUGAUUUUUCUCAUGAUGAAUAAAAAUAAAUUACAUUAUAUUUACCACUCCUAUUCUUUUCUAUUUUUUCGGUAGGAUACAUGUCUAUAUAUCUAUGAUUUACAUUUGAUUUAUAUUUAUUUAUAUGUUUUGUUGUUGUACUGAUGAAGGCAUUUACCGAAAGGUUUACUUAUGUAUUAUUUAAAAUUAUUAUUAAAGCUAACAUAUAUUGUUUAUUGACUCAAAUGGUUUGUGUCUAAUUAAUCUAUUUUAAAGCUUUAUCGCAGUCCAACACUCUUAUAAUUAGUUGAUUAUAUUUCCCAGGGCAUCUGAGUUUGAGAGAGAGUCUCUGGAUGAUGUGAAGUGGGUGGAUGACUUCUCAGCACAGCAGAGCGACAACGCUUUAAAGAACACUGCCAGAGCUUUGACAGGAGCCAUUGAUGACCCCAAACUGAAUGCAACUGAGGUGGGUUUUGCUUUCAAAAAAAGAGUCCAGUAUCAGGCAGGUAACAUUGUUACAUUUUUGUGCAGCGGUGUGUCAUGAGGUUAUCAAUCCCAUUUCUUUGUCAUAUCAGGUGGCUUUCAGAAGUCUAGAGAGCCCAGGGUCACACCACCACUUUUAAGCAGCCCCCCCCCCCCGAUUUUUACCGUCUGUACUCGAAUCUAAAAAGCAAACUUAACUUUCUUUAUAUUUAGACAUCUAUUAUCUGUAUCAACAAAGAUACAAAAACCUAAAGACUUGUGCUCUUAAGUGAACUCUCAAGUUAGCAAUACCAAAUUUAUAAAUCAAAAUGGUUCUUUCAAAAUUUGACUUUUAUUAAGUAGAUGAGAUGAUAUAUUUGUGAAUACCUGCUGAAUUUACAACUUUGCAGUGUCAAAAUAAUUUUUUUUUAAAUUUUUACAAUGAUCCAUUCAGGAAAAGAUAGAAAUAUGCUUGAUUUGAGAAUCAAUGAUUUAUUAUAUUAUUUUAAUGUUCUGAAGAAAAAAAUUCAAAUUGUUAUUCAUUGCCUUAAUCUUUGUGUAAACGAUUAAAUAAGCUGUUGCUUUAAACAUUUCAGUUUAUGAAGUUUGUAAAGAAAUUAGGGGAUGAGGAAAUCACUAUUAGAGACAACAAAGUUGUAGAAAAAUCUGGUGACCAACUGACGGAUGAUUGGGUGGAGGAUUUCACAUCUCAACAAACUGUGAGUUGCCAGUCUUUUAGAUCUAUAAAUUUUUAGUGUCAUAGACAAAAGCAGUAAGCUCAGUUCAAUAAAAAAAAAUUGGGGCUCCCUUUCUCUGUAUUAUUCUAAGUUAAUGUAA